GGAUUAUUUUAACAGAGGAAGUCCAUAUUUCCCGCGUGUUAGGUGGUUUUUGUCAACAAAGUGAAAACAGAUUAUACUUUGAAAAGAAGUUAAAAUUCCAUAUAAAUAUGAUGUUUGAAGGAAGAAAAUUCACUGAUGUGGUAUAGAAGUGCUUUUUCUAAGGUGUUGAUGAAAACAGAUAAUAAAUCCAAUGAAGUUGAUUGAGACAAUGGACCGUGUUGAAGCAUCUGGUGAACUUAAGUACUCCGGACUGGAGUCCGGCACUACCAGCUGGAAGCAGGGCUCAAUAGUUUUACACUGUAAGGAAGGACCAUGGAAACUGGAUCUCUAUGUCCACUGUAGUAGGAAUGGACCUGUCAAAUCCUUCCAGAUAAACAGCAACACAAUCAAAAAGACAUUCUUAAAAGAAAAAAAUUACUAUAUUGAACUGAUAAUCCCAAGGAAAGGGGGAGCCUGUAAUAUUUACUUCCGACCAGACUUCAGAAGUGUGAAAAAGACCCGAGAGCUGGAUUCUAUCAUACAGGAUCUAAAGAAUAACAAAAUAGAACAGCACACCCCUCACAAAGGUAUGGUUCAGAGGUGUGGACGUUUAGGAGACAAUGCAGUGUCUCAGAAUAUCCAACCCGCUGUAGUAGAAUCUCCAUCAGAGCAGUUCACAAGCAUGAAAGAACCCCCCAGGAAGGAUGAGCACCUGUCAUUAUACUGUGAUGAGGAAUUCAAAGAGAAUAUCGGCUCGGAGACUGAUACCUUUUUAAGUCGUGGUUUGGAGAAGAGCAAUGCCAUUACGAAGCAGUCGGGCUCUGUUGAUACUAUUCCCACUCCCAGGUUUUAUGAUGCCCCUAAACAGCGGCCAUUUACAGGAUACUCCACUGCAAGCAUAGGGUCAGGUAGCAAGAAGCUGGAAUUGAUGCCAGACCCCUCCCCAAGACUUGCCACUGGGAUCAGCUAUUCCUGGACCAAAAACAAGUUUUCAUUGCCUCAGAAAGACAACAAUCAGCUCUCAGGUUUCUCCAACCUUGGUAACACAUGUUACAUGAAUGCAAUCCUGCAAAGUCUGUUUCACCUGGAGCCAUUCACCAGAGACCUAGUCCACAUCAGUCGUAAGAUCUCCAGAAGUCUACCUCAGCAAUCUCUGUAUCAAUCUUUGGUACGUCUUCAUGGUUCCAGAAAACGAAUCGUAUCGGACGUUACAAAACGGGAUUUACUCCGGAAUGUCAAACAAGCUAUUUCAUCAAGUGCCAAAAGGUUCUCGGGUUAUCAGCAGCAUGAUGCCCAUGAGUUUCUAAGUCAGGUCUUGGAUCAGUUAAAAGAAGAAGUAGCCAAAGUGAUGAAAUCUACACCCAGCCCAAGUCCUAGCCCAAGGGAGAUAACUGAGGCAAUGGAGCUCAUCAACCCAACACUACAAAAUUUUGAAUUUGAAGUGACCCACACAAUUUCAUGUACAAAUUGUCCAGAAGAGGUGACAAAAGCAGAACAGUUCUAUGAUCUUUCGCUGGAGAUGCCAAGAAAGAGAACCGGAUCCACCCCUUGUACAAUACAGAAUGCCCUGGACCUGUUCUUUAGGAAGGAGAUGAUAGAAUACAGAUGUGAGAAGUGUGACUGCUGUAAGGCAGAGGUCUCUCAUAAAUUCACCAGACUGCCCAGGGUAUUGAUACUUCAUUUGAAGCGUUAUAAUUACAACACUGUGUCGACAGUCCAAUCUAAGAUGUUACAGAACAUUGUGAUACCCAAGUACCUGAGUCUGUACCACCAGUGUGUGGAGGACACCACCAAACCCCACUCUGUCAGCUUCACCAUCCCCAGUCCUCAGAAAAAUUUGGUUGAAUCGCCAAAAGAAAGCACUCCAAGACGAAGAUUAGACAUGAACAACAGUUUUAGAUUUAAAAAAUCCAGAGUGCUGCCCCUUUUUGACUCGGAUGAGGACAUCAUUGUGUUAGGUUCUCCAAGCAAGAAACCUAAGUUAGAGGAUAACUCAGAAAAACCAGAGAGCACGGAGAAGAAACGAGAACCUUUUAAAACUCUGACUCUUGCUGAUACACAGGAGGACCCCGACCUGGCUAAAGCCCUGGAACUGUCCCUUCAGGAGGCAAAUGAGCGAGCGCAGCAACAGCAGUACAGUGAUGAGGUAGAUGGAGGGCACGAGGAAUCGGAUUUCCAGAGGGCGCUGGAGAUGAGUCGACUCGAGUCCGACAGACCACAGCCAGACCACAGCUAUGACUCGGGUCUGAAUGGGAUGUCUGAGGAGGAACAGAUGAGGAUUGCUAUAGAGGAAAGCAUGAGGGAGUUUGAACAGGUGAACUACCUCCCCAGCCAAGAGGAGGAGGUGGAGGAGGAUUGGUAUACUACUGGAAUUCAUAGUUCUAAAGAACCCCAAAACAAGGGAGGGGAGAUUAUUAAACAGUGCAGUGCAAUAGUGUAUGAAACGUGUGCACAGGGGGAACUGGAAACUGAUGGCAUUCAAGGACAGCUGGACUCAGAUGAGAAGGACUCGAGUUAUAGAUCAAAGUACUUUGUCAAGAAGGAGAAAUGCAAUGUUUGUGAUAAAAUCAAGACAAAUGACCCAUCAAAAGAUGGGAAAUGCAAUUGCAGAACAGAUGCUUCCGAUUGCAAUGGAAACGAAGUGAGAAGAGGAAAGACAGUGGCCUAUUUAAAUGGGGGGAAUUCACAGCCGGGUGCUUUUGUACCCAAACUGAGCUCAGAAAGUGAUUUCAAAUCUAUGUUUGAUGAUGAGGACUUUGAUAAAGAUGUAUUGUUACUUGAUGAGCCCUGGCUCUCCUCGGAGGACAAGGAGAACAAGAAGCCCUCGUCACCUGUGGAGGAGGAGGACACCAGUCUGACGGAGGACCUCCCUAUCAUCAGUAAUGAGAAAGGAGAUCUCCCCCAUUCGUACCACUUAGUCAGUGUAGUCAAUCAUAUUGGAGCCAGUUCCUUUGUUGGUCACUACAUUAGCGAUGUGUUUGAUGCUGAGAAAAGUUGCUGGUACAGCUUUGAUGAUUCGCAUGUUUCAAAAACAACGGAAUCUGAAAUAAGAUCCAGUCGAGAGAGGAGUGGAUACAUUUUCUUCUACCUUAACAAGGAUAUUUAUGAAGAUCUGACUCAGCACUUUGAAAGGAGCAAGCUUGACACCCAGGACCAAACUCAACACCCCGAUCUGAAUUUGAAAUAAUUUGUUUACAGAUGAUAUACACAUGUACAUGAAAACAUAUAUUGAUGUUAUUUAUUUUAACCAAAGUGAAAUAAAUUGUUGAUUUGAUUGAA